AUGCUGAAGAGCGGCAUCCAAGCUUCUCUCCGCGCGGGUCUGCGCCGGCCGGCCGCAGUUCGCAGCGCCUUCCAGCCCAUCAAGAAGAACUUCGUUCCAGCCUUCGCCGCCCGCUAUGCCAGCACCGAGGCCUCCUCUACCAAGGAAGGGAAGAUCCACACGGUCAUUGGUGCCGUCGUGGACGUCAAGUUCGACACUGAGCAGCUGCCCGCCAUUCUCAAUGCCUUGACCACCGACAACGGAGGCAACAAGUUGGUGUUGGAAGUGGCCCAGCAUCUUGGUGAGAACAUCGUCAGAUGUAUUGCCAUGGACGGUACCGAGGGUCUUGUCCGUGGUGCCAAGGCUACCGACACUGGUUCUCCCAUCAAGGUUCCCGUCGGUCACGGUACCCUUGGUCGCAUCAUGAACGUCACUGGUGACCCCAUUGACGAGCGCGGUCCCAUCAAGGCCACCAAGUAUGCGCCCAUUCACGCCGAUCCCCCGGCCUUCACUGAGCAGGCUACCUCCGCUGAGGUCCUCGUCACUGGUAUCAAGGUCGUAGAUUUGUUGGCCCCCUACGCCCGUGGUGGAAAGAUCGGUCUUUUCGGAGGUGCCGGUGUCGGAAAGACUGUGUUUAUUCAGGAGCUGAUUAACAACAUCGCAAAGGCUCACGGUGGUUUCUCUGUCUUCACUGGUGUCGGAGAGCGUACCCGAGAGGGUAACGAUCUGUAUCACGAGAUGCAGGAGACUUCCGUCAUUCAGCUUGACGGCGAGAGCAAGGUCGCAUUGGUUUUCGGUCAGAUGAACGAGCCUCCGGGUGCCCGUGCUCGUGUCGCCCUCACUGGUCUUACACUCUGCGAGUACUUCCGCGACGUUGACGGGCAAGACGUGUUGCUUUUCAUUGACAACAUCUUCCGAUUUACGCAGGCUGGUUCCGAAGUGUCUGCGCUUCUUGGACGUAUUCCUUCUGCUGUCGGUUACCAGCCCACCCUCGCCAUUGACAUGGGUCUCAUGCAGGAACGUAUUACCACCACCUCGAAGGGUUCCAUCACAUCCGUCCAGGCCGUUUACGUGCCCGCUGACGAUUUGACUGACCCUGCGCCUGCCACGACCUUUGCCCAUUUGGACGCGACCACUGUGUUGUCCCGUGGUAUUUCCGAGUUGGGUAUCUACCCCGCUGUCGACCCUCUCGACUCCAAGUCCCGCAUGUUGGACCCCCGUGUGAUUGGUGAUGACCACUACAACACAGCCACGAAGGUCCAGCAGAUUCUCCAGGAGUACAAGUCGCUCCAGGAUAUCAUUGCCAUUCUUGGUAUGGACGAAUUGUCGGAAGCUGACAAGCUUACCGUCGAGCGCGCCCGUAAGAUCCAGCGUUUCUUGAGCCAGCCUUUCGCUGUCGCCCAGGUCUUCACUGGUAUUGAGGGCAAGCUUGUCGACCUCAAGGACACCAUUGCAUCAUUCAAGGCCAUCUUGAAUGGUGAGGGUGACGACCUCCCCGAAGGCGCUUUCUACAUGGUCGGCGACUUUGCGUCGGCUCGCGCCAAGGGUGAGAAGAUUCUUGCCGAUCUCGAGAAGUCAUAG